CCGCGGCUCCGAGUGCGCAGGGCUCCGCGCGCGGCGUAGGGAGGCGGGUUCCAGGUGCGGACGCGCGCGCGGGUCGGGGUCGCGGCGGCGCCAUGGUGCUGUGUCCGGUGAUCGGGAAGCUGCUGCACAAACAUGUGGUGUUGGCCAGCGCCUCCCCGCGCCGCCAGGAGAUCCUCAGCAACGCGGGCCUCAGGUUCGAGGUGGUCCCUUCCAGGUUCAAAGAGAAGCUGUGUAAGGCCUCAUUCCCCACCCCCUCCGCAUACGCCGUGGAAACCGCCAAGCAGAAGGCCCUGGAGGUGGCCAGGAGGAUGCACCAGAAAGACCUACGGGCCCCCGACGUUGUCAUCGGAGCAGACACCAUCGUGGAUCUGUCACGUGGAUGGUGCAGUUUUCACAGACAGUCUUAGGGGAGAAGUGACGCCGCCCCUCCCGUUUCUCCUGCAGACGAUCGGGGGGCUGAUCCUGGAGAAGCCGGUGGACAAGCAGGACGCCUACCGCAUGCUCUCAAGGCUGAACGGGAAAGAGCACAGCGUCUUCACGGGCGUGGCCAUCGUCCACUGCAGCGACAGAGACGGCCGGCUGCACACCGAGGUCCUGGACUUCUACGAGGAGACCACGGUGAAGUUCUCGGAGCUGUCGGAGGAGCUGCUGCGGGAAUACAUCGACAGCGGGGAGCCCAUGGACAAGGCGGGAGGCUACGGCAUCCAGGCCCUGGGCGGCAUGCUGGUGGAGCACGUCCGCGGGGACUUCCUCAACGUGGUGGGCUUCCCGCUGAACCACUUCUGCAAGAAGCUGGCGCAGCUGUACCACCCGCCCCGCCCCGGGGACGUGCGGGGGGCCGAGCGUGACUCCAUCCCCGCCGUCGACACCUUCGAAGACCUGAGUGACCUGGAGGGCGGCGGGGGCUCGGACCCGGCUUGGGGCGGCCGGGGCGGCCGUGGGGGCGAGGAGGCGGGCGGAGCCCCACCCCAGGCCCCGGGCCCUCGGGACGCGGAUCUUAACGGGGCGGCGGAGGAGAAACGGCCCCCGUUCCCCACCGGCCUCCUGGAGCUGAUGGAGGGCUUCAAAGCAUCAAAGGCCCUGUUCACGGCAUGCAAGCUCAACGUGUUUGACGUGUUGAGAGACCAGGGGCCCCUGAAGGCCGUGGAUAUCGCCCGCAAAAUCAACGCCUCCGUGUGCGGGACCGGGCGGCUGCUGGAAGCCUGCGCGGCCCUGGGCUUACUGCACAAGACGGACGCAGGUUACAGCAACACGGAGGCCGCAGACCUGCACCUGGUCUCCGACGGCGCACACUCUCUCCACGGCCUCGCCGUGUACAAUGACAGUCACGUCUGGGACCUCUUCACUCACCUGGACCUGGCCGCCCGGGACGGAGCGGAGCAGGCCCGCGGGGCUUCAGGGACGAAGGCGGAACGCCUGUUUCAGAGCGCGGAGACGACACUGCUGUUCAUGAGGGCCAUGCACGGCCUCAGCAAGCUGACCGCGCGUGACGUGGCCACGGCCUUCGACCUGUCCCGAUUCACCUCUGCCUGCGACCUGGGAGGCUGCACGGGCGCCCUGGCCCACGAGCUCGCCCGGGAGUACCCACGUCUGCAGGUGACCGUGUUCGACCUCCCGGACGUCAUUGAGCACGCCAGGGGCUUUCAGCCCGACGGACAGCGGACGGAGCACGUCCGCUUCGUGCCAGGCGACUUUUUCACAGACGCCCUCCCGAGAGCACAGCUGUACGUCCUUUCCAGAGUCCUGCACGACUGGCCGGACGACAGGGUCCACCACCUACUGAGCCGGAUCUCCAGCUGCUGCGAACCAGGCGGCGGCGUCCUGGUGGCGGAAGCGGCGGCGAUGGAGGAGGAGGAGGCGGCGGCGGCUCGGAGGCGAGGGCUGCAGCCCCUGGGCCCGCUGCUGCUGGGCGCGGGGCGGCCCCGGAGCGCCCGCGAGCUCGGGCAGCUGCUGCAGCGACACGGCUUCAGGGACGUGCGGGUGGCGCCCGCGGGGGACCUGCUGCGCGUGGUCCUGGGCACCCGGGCCGCGCCCUGAGUUGGGGGGGAAUCGUCCCGGGAGCCCCGCGGACCCCCGUCCGGGCGGGGAAGGCUCCCCGCAGCGCGGGCGUCCCGGGCGGAUUAAAGGAGGCCGCAAGGAAGCACCGAGGUCUCCGCGCGUCCUCCGUGCGUCGCCGCGCGCGCAGCCUCGGCGGCGCUGCGGGCCCGAGCGCCCGGGACCCCAGCUGCUGCCAGCGCCCCGCUGCUGCCCUCGCUGCGUCUCAGCCUGUGCGGACGCCUCGGUGUGUCUAGACCCCACUUGCCCAUCUUUCACCCCCAUUCCUGUGCGCCCUGUGCCCUCCCGACUGCCGUAUGCAGCGGGUCACGUCCCUCACCCUCAGGAACCCUGGACCGCGGGGCCGCCGCCCCGGUCAACGGCUAAACCUUAUCCGCGAACGCAAACGAGUGGCAGUUUACGGGGUUGAGAUUGUUCACAGCGAGUGUCCCCAACGUUCCCAUUUGAGGCUAAGUCGGCUUUGUAUUCAGUAACAGAUCUGUUUUCGCCAAGAGGAGACCAGUACGAAACCUUUUUUUGUAUGUUAGGCAGCAGUAAGUGGGUAGCAACUUCUACACUGACAGCUUGUAAGUUAUUGUUAGGAAAAACAUCCCGUCAACGGUGUGCCUUCAAAUCGGCCCCCUCUGUGUGUUGACAUACCCGGUGUCCUUUCAGCUAAAACCACCAGAGACCGUUAGAUAGAGACAGACCCCUUCGAAGAAGAGAUGUUUAUAUAAAUUAACUUUCUCUAUAUAGGAAUGUAUUUUAUAAGCUAUGUAUGUUUUAUAUAUGUGACUAGCUACAUGUUUGUAAGUUACAUAGUACUACACACACACACCCACACACAAAUACAUAAUUUUGAAUGGA